AUGCCUGGUUUGAUCCAAAGCGGUAACUCGUCGCCCAAUGUUCGCGACAUGUUGACAGAAGGACCACCCCCGUCGCCUGCCGAUAAAAAGAGAAACAAACUGGGGUACCAUCGCACCGCUGUCGCAUGCGUCCAUUGUCGACGGCGCAAGAUUCGUUGCAUGCCUGAUUUCCACGAUCCAGUAGGUCGAUGCCAAAAUUGCAUUCGCCUGAAAAAGGAGUGCGUUUUCUUGCCGAUUGACCCGCAAAAUCCGCCGACCGCGAAACGGCCACGCUCAGGGGCAAAAGCGGCGGAUGGUAUCGUGAACGAGGGAGAGGCUUCGGUCUCAUCGUCUUCUCCAGGCGGAAUCCUAAGGAGCAGCUCCAUGGAACAAAUAAAUUAUGCCCGAGGUUCUUUGGACACUCCUCCCAUGUCCAGCGAGAGUCCCGGGUUCCAAGGUUUUCAUCCAGGCUCCAGAUCCGUGUCUGUCCAUGGCUUCGAUUUCGCGCAUGGUUAUGACCCUGCUCAACAGCACCGUCAACAGCAGCAAGUUUUUAUUCCGUCUCCAUAUUCACCGAGGAACUUUGAUGGGGAUUCGAUAAAUCCUCAAUUCUAUCAGCAGCAGCACGCAUACGGACAGUCAAUACCCACGCCAUAUUCAUCUCCGUAUGCACCAGGUUCCUUACCUUCCACGAUGACAACGAUGUCCCAAGAACACGGUUAUCCGUACCAGACUUCGGCUCCAAACGGUGGGUACGGCUGGGCCAACCCUCCCACGAGAUCAAUGUCGUCUGACCAAACCGAUGAACUGUCGUCUGGCUUCCCCACCCCCUACCGAACAAACACCUAUCCGUCUUUCGAAAGAGGGUUGACAGGCCAGAUGCAGCAACUACCACCGACCAGCUCGAGUCUGGCGCCAAUGGGCAUUGACAGUCAGCACACUUCAACACAUCCGAAUUUUCCGGAACACACCUCAUACCAAACUGCGCAGGCCAAUAUGCAACAGGGAUGGACGGCAGGGAACCAUGCUACAAUGCGGCGUGCACCUGGAUCUGUCGACAGCUCUUACUCUCAAGGCUGGUAUCAGCCUCACCCAGGGCUGACAAGCAUGCAACAAGAGGAGGAACAGCCUCAUAUACUACCGUCGCAAAAUCACAAUCCGCGAAAAAGUCAGCAUAAGCCCGGCUGA